UAACCCCCCGUGCGUGCUGCACAAGUGGUGAAAGCCUCGCGCUACGUACUGGCUAAUGAUUGGCACGCUUGACAGUGAUUGGCAGGGCUGCCAUGACAACGCUACAGCGACACCAAGAAGACCAAUAGAAAAGGGAAACAAAAUGUUUCAAUGCUACACUCAACGGCGGAUUUAGGGGGGAGAUAUUAUGAGUCUGGUGUCAUUAGGCGAUAGCCAUUGAAUCAUUCAAUCUUUUUUACUUGCCGUAUUUAUCGGUUUUUCCUUUUUCUCGAUAAUUUUCUUUCUCUCUCAGGUCAUUUCCAUGGUUUUCAGAUCCCCUUUAGAGCUUUAUCCCCCCCAUUUCUUCCUGCCUAACUUCGCUGAUCGCCCACUACUCCUGGCGAACAGCGCUCCCACCACCAGGUCUCCAGAAGACUUGUCCAUGUUUCAGCUACCGACCCUCAACUUCUCCCCGGAGCAGGUGGCAAGCGUCUGCGAGACGCUGGAGGAGACCGGGGACAUCGAACGGCUGGGCCGCUUCCUCUGGUCCCUGCCUGUGGCUCCAGGAGCGUGUGAGGCGAUCAACAAGCACGAGUCCAUCCUGCGCGCCCGGGCUGUGGUUGCUUUCCACACGGGAAAUUUCAGAGAUCUCUACCACAUUCUGGAGAACCACAAGUUCACCAAGGACUCGCACGGUAAACUGCAGGCCAUGUGGCUGGAAGCUCACUACCAAGAGGCCGAGAAACUCCGCGGUCGUCCCCUCGGACCUGUCGAUAAGUACCGCGUGCGGAAGAAGUUUCCGCUGCCUCGGACCAUCUGGGACGGGGAGCAGAAGACGCACUGUUUCAAAGAGAGGACGCGGAGCCUGCUGAGAGAGUGGUACCUUCAGGACCCAUAUCCAAACCCAAGCAAGAAAAGAGAACUGGCUCAAGCCACUGGACUCACUCCUACACAAGUCGGAAACUGGUUUAAAAACCGGAGGCAACGAGACAGAGCUGCGGCAGCCAAAAACAGGCUCCAGCACCAAGCAAUAGGACCAACCGGUAUGAGGUCCCUCUCAGAGGCCGGUCUCACCCCUCACAGCUCGGCAGAGUCGCCUUCAACUGCGGCCAGUCCCACCACCAGCGUUUCCAGUAUGACAGAGAGAGUUGAUAAUGGGACGUCCAUCCUGUCAGUCACAUCCAGUGACUCGGAGUGUGAUGUAUGAUACGGAGGGGGAAAAAAGAAAGAAACACAACAAACAAAAAGAGAAAUAUUUACAGGGAAAAUGGACCUGAGAGGAAGAAAAAAGACUUAUUAAAUAUGGCGGAUGAAAAAAGGACCGAUUGAUAUAAAUAUUAAAAUAAAAGAGAUAAAAGCACGUUUUUUUUUUUUUUUUUUUUUUUUUUUGCUUUUUUUAUUAUUAUUAUUAUUUUAUUUUUUUUAAUUAAAAGCGCUUUCAAAGGACCCACUUUUACCCCUCCUCUUCAUACCCCCACAACACCACCACUACUAGAAUACUUGCAUGAUGUUUUAUUUUUAUUUUUAAUUUUGUUAUCAGGGGAAAAACCUGAAUGCAAGAUUUUCCAUCAGGAACAUCAACCAGAGGGAAUAAAAACAGAUCGUCUUCGUGUCUCGUCGCACUUUUUCUCCCCCCAUCCCCCCUCCAUCUCCGAUUUUAGUCCAAGUGAUGAUGAUGAUGGUGACAGCGAGGAAGUCGCCGUGCAGACAAGAUGCAAUCCUCUUUUCAUUUUGUGUUCAUCAGACAAUCAUUUUAAGUCGUAAGCACCUUUUUUAAUACACUUCUGUCACUGCCUGUGUGGGGUAUAAUAGUAAAAAAAAUGUCGGAAGGAACCGUUUAUGACUGUAUCAGAUUUUUAUUUUUAUUUUCAAAAUUUUAUAUUGAAUUAUGUAUAUCUCAAAUAAUGCGAUCAUUCUCCCGGUCUGUAAAAUACGUGUAGAAAUAUGCUUGUACAUAAUUAUUGCUCUUCCCCUCCAACCCCGUGUCAUCCUCUUUUCUAUCCCUUCCUCACUUUUCUUGACUUGGUGUUCCUACAUAAAA